AUGACACAACCCUCGGGACUGCCGCACUUAUCAAACAACGCGGAAUACGCGACACAUCAGCAACAGUUAGCAAGAUCGCAGGUCGGAUCGUCCAGGUCAAUUUCUUCUAUGAAAGGGCUUUUGGAGGCAGAGAACGGUGGCGCCAUGGUAGAGCUUGAUGUAUGUGGCGGAACCUCUGGAUUCAAGACGGGUGAACGCAUCGUGAUGGAUCCUGACCCGCUCAUUCACGACACCAUCUGGCGGAGAUGCCAGCCUCGUAAUUCGCAGGCAUCAUCUGCAGAGGAAACCGCCCUGUCUCGACAUGGUACCCUUCUCAGCGUUGGCGUUACUGCUGGACGAAACGCGGCGGAGCUAAAGUCUAUCCUUGGCAAUUCUAAUUCUCGUCUCAAGCCUGGUGCUGCUCUGAUCCCUUCCUCCACGAGGACUAGUCAAGGUGACAAGACAUCUCUGGAGCAGGCGAAACCGCGCGCGCGUGUAGAAGUCGAUAUCAUUCUUAGCAGCAAGACCUGCGUUCAAGGCGGCUUUCUCCAAGGACAUGUGAAAGUUCGGAUUCGGAAACCAGGUAGAAAAGAGUCUGCUGUUUUGGUUUCUGGUGGCAAGAUUAGAGUCGUCGGGUUUGAAUGUAUCAAUGGCGAAGAUGAUCGACAUACAUUCUAUCAAACAUCUACUCUUCUCUCCGAUGUUUCUAGCUCAUUCGAAGAGAUGCUUGGAACAGCUCCUGACGAUGAAGGCUUUGCCAAAGCAAAAGAAGGAGUCUUUGUCUUUCCUUUUUCCAUGGCUUUACCUUUGGAUGGAGAUGCCGGUAACCCCAAAGGAAUGUUGCACCCUCACUCCGGAAUAACUGUACGCUAUAUUGCAAUGUUUUCUAUCAAGGUGAAAGAAUCAGACACAGGCAAGCGUUCCAUCGCCCAUUUCUAUCGCGACUGCGAAAUCUGGCCACGUCUCAAUCCUUCAACAAUUCUAGCUCCUGCUCCAGUUCCUCUCCAGGCACACGCUACGAAGAGCCUUUUCAUGGGUGGAUCCGGAAAAGUGACAUUAUCUGCCUCUUUGCAUCGACUUUACUGGGUUGCAGGCCAACAAUGUUGCGUCAAAGCUAGCGUCACAAAUCACACGAAAAAAACGGUCAAGAGUGUGACCCUUUCACUUUUACGUUCGACCGUGAUCUUCAAGCCUCGGCCGUAUCUCGAUGUUGAGGGUGCAAAUGUGGAACAGGAUCCGGAUGCGUGUCAGACGACAACGACCGAGAAACAGAUCGCCGAGAGCACGCUUCAGAUGGGUCAACAUGGCUCGAGAGGUCAUGCAAGCGCCAAAGGGUGGUGGACAGGUGUACCACCAGGCGAUGCACAGGAGUUCUGCCAUUUUAUUUUGAUACCUCCUGAUGCAUUGACCAUGCCCAGAGGAAGACUCUUGGAAGAGGAAUACACCCUACGAGUUUCUGUCAGUGCAGGUUCUCUAGGCACAGACGUCCAUGUGAAGCUGCCUAUUAAAAUCAUCAACUUCCUCUCUAUCGAUCCUCCACCCACAUACCCU